AUGGCAGAGGAAAUAUCAUGGAGGGAUCUCAGUGAUGCCAAUGUACAAGCAGUAUCCAGAUCCCUACAUUUGAUGUGGUCGAUCACAACUCUGGUCAAAACUGUGUGUUCCCUCAGCGACCUGGAGGAGAACAACUGUGAAACACCUGGAACAAAGACAUUUUAUGAAGGCCUUGCCCAAAAUGACAUGCUUUAUGAGAGAAAAAGCAAUUAUAGGAUUGGCCUAAAAGAAAACCAUCGAAAGAGCCGUUCCACCAAGAGGCCUGCACAUCGUCUCACACUCCCUCGAUUUCCAUUGAAGAGGAGAUGGAGUGAGCUGGCUCUGCCCACGUUUUUCACAACCUCGCCACAAAGGCCAAGCAACAAAGGCCAGGAGAGUGAUUGUCUGAAGACAGUAAGAGUGUCUGAGGAGACAGAAAAUGCUGUCUCAUUUGGGGAAACACCUGAGGCUGAGAUAGAAGAGACCAUCACUUUUAGUACUACAACGCUGGAUUUACUGGGCGUGCUAGCAGACCGCAAAUGUGAAAUGAACCAUGAACCACAUGAUGAUGCCACCAUUAUGAAGAAUGAAGCAAGUGCAGAUUUGAGUGACCUUAUCAGCCAAAUGACAAGGGAUCUCACAUGUGCUGUGUCCCACUCACAGCAUGGGAACAUCCGAUGUGAAAUAGUCAAUGACAUAAUGAGUAUGGCAUUGCCAUCUCCAUCUCCAAAUGAGGAGCUCCAGGAGGCACCCAUAGCCUCCAACAGGCAAAGCAGAAGGAGCUGGAAAGGGGUGAGGAGGCAGCGUAGGAACACUGUUUCGAAGCUUAUGCUGCUGCUUCGUCACCCCGAGUACAAAUAG